AUUUAAAGUCAAUAUCUACUUGCUCAAACAAUACCAGGUCAUACUGCAAGUCUACAAACUACAAGUGAACUCAGGUAAACUGGACGUCUACGAUAUCAAUGGUUGUCUAUUCAAAGUUUUGCUGAGAAAAGUGUUGUUGCUACAGUUUAAAUAACCGAGCAGACUGUUACUACGAAGUAAUGUUUACUUAUCUAAUUCAAAUCACUGUCAUACUUUGAUAUUGUUUUUAUUGCUUACUGUGUCUUAUUGCACUUCUAUAAAUUUCUACUUGAGACAUAACUAAUAAGCGAUUAGUUGUCUUUUUAAGUAUUACCAGCAGGAAGGCCAGGAAGCAAUUUCUUAGGCCGAUUGCAUCGUCAAAUAACCUACUUAGUGUUAGCAUAUUGUCACAUUGUCAUCUAAAUGAUGGAAUUAUACCAAAGUUCAGGAAAUUUAUCUGAAUGACAGCCCGGUAUCUACUGGGACGUAGUUCAAUAUUGCAAGAUUUUAUGUUCAUUUAUCAAAUAUAGAAACAAAGUUAGUACCUAUAUUAUGAAACCAAUAAAUGGAGUGAAUCUAGGCAAAGGCACUUAAAUAAAUUCUUUAGGCUUGAAAUUAAGAAAUAAGUUCUAUUUCUGAGACCCCGUACUAGUAAGAGACGAGCACUAAGGUACAUGGAUUCAUGACAUGUGUGAUAAGCUCGAAUAUAAUGCAAUUGCUGGGAAAAUAACCUGACUAAAGAUGUAUGAAAGACAAAAAUGCUUGAUAUUAAUUUCUAGAUUAAAAUCUUUAUAUCUGACCAACUAAGAAUAGCAAUACUAGAAAUUAAAUCAUAAAAAUAAAAAUGCCACGGGCUGUUAGAAGUGCCAAUAAGUGGUUAACAUUGUAGACGUAGAUAUCUUAGACAAGGUCUGUAAUCAGCUUAGCGCGACGAAUAGAACUUUAUCCCGCGAAUGGCGUUCCGUGGGGAGUGCCAAAUGUUUCAGCGGCGUUUCAGUCCUCAUUCAGACACGGCCUCGACAGGAGGUGUGCGCCGCGCUUCUGCGCAAGUCACUUCGCUACGAGCGAAAUUAAGCACAUCCAUGAACCGGCAAAAUACAAAUUUCAUAGUGAUGACGCUUAGAUGAGUUUAUAGAAUGAACUUAAAAAGUCGGUCUUGAUUGAUUGUAUGUGUAUGUGUGCGGUAGUUUAAAUUAUUGUUGACAUUGUUUGCCGUGUGGGCACGAAAACAUCGAAUGAAAACGGGCCGAUGAAGGGUUGGAAAAUAACCAAGAAUUGUAGAUAAACUUAUAAAUACAAAAUGAUAAUUUGAAACGCACUGUUAAAAAUAAAGACAAGUGGAUAAACGCCAAUGAAACUAUAGAUACUAGUGCUGCGCAUGUGAUCUAAAUGCCUUAUUCAAGAGAAUUGUGCGCUGCUAAGAGCAGGCGCCGACUAUGUUCGACUCGACCAAAGGCGCCUUGCUCGUAGCGCCGUCUCUCGUCAACAGUUCCUGCUGGUUCAACGGCAAAGGCUGGCCCACUACUUUUCCCGCUCCUGUUGAUAUAGUUAAAGCUUUUUUCAUAUUCGCUCUAUCUAUGGGCAUAGUUUUUGCAAACCUAGUUCUUAUCUGCGUGCUUAGCAAUCGAAGGUACAUCAAGUAUAUUGAAAACCAGCCGAGAUAUUUGCUGACAUCCUUGGCUCUUAACGACCUGUUCACGGGAAUAUUGGUGGCUCCCGUGGCCCUACUUCCAGCGCUUUACAAGUGUUGGCCCUACGGCGAAAUCUUCUGUCAAAUACAGGCUUUAUUGAGAGGAGCAGUGAGCCAACAGAGUGCUGUUAUAUUAGUCUGCAUGGCUAUAGACAGAUACCUCUUUCUGCUUCACCCGAAUACCUACCAAAAACAUUCCAGUAAAAAGGGCUGCGUGUUAGUUAUAAGCAUUACGUGGAUCCUGUCCGUAUCACUCUUCGCUAGUAUGGUGUUACCUCGUUCCGGGUACUAUUUCAACUCCACGGGGCUUAUGGCCUGUGACGUUUUUCACAGUAGAGUAGCGUUCAGAAUCCUGUCUUGCUGCGCCUACUAUUUCCCGACGACCAUGGCGCUAAUGUACUGCUACGGGUCCGGGUUCCACGUGAGCAAGAACCGCAGCAAGUGCGUGCCGGACCCGGUGAGGCCCAACGGGAUCCCGCCGCCGUGCACGAAGAGCGCACUGGACAGCCAUGAUGCGGUCACUGCGAUCCAAGCACCAGCUAGACCUCACAGUGUCAGCACAUCUCGAACCAUGGCCGCAAUGUCUUUAGGAUUCAUUGUAAUGGUCACCCCCGCAACUAUACAAGAGGUCGUAGCAGCAUGUACUGGUUGCAAGGUUCCACCGACGCUAGACUUUAUUGUGACUUGGUUGGCUCUUAGCAACAGCUUUUGGAAUCCCUUCUUGUACUGGCUUUUGAAUAGUCACUUCAGAAGAAUCAGCAAUGAGUUACUCCAGUAUUAUAUUUGCUGCCGAAGAUCAAAAUCUUUCGGCAACUAUGAUAAACCAACGGGCUGUUGCGGCUCCCCAAUCACAUCCGAUGGCCGACAUUCGAAGGGAGAGUUCGAAGGAAUAGGCGAAAAAUAUUGGGGCGAGAUAUUAGAACGCACUGUAUCAUCUACAUCUCUGCAUGCUAUUCAAAAAGCAUGUCAUAGAGAUCCUCUGCGGUGCACUGGAUCCUUCAAAGGAUGCCCAAGUAGUGUGUGUAAACAUGACCCAAGAUAUUUUGAUGUCUGUGGGCCUACAGAUUACAGGCAGUUUGAUAGAUCAGCUUUUCAAAUCGAAUCAUGCUCAAGACAAUGUAGACUUAAGAAUUCAGACAUCUGUCUCUUUAGACCAGGACCAGAACUUGAAUGUGGCAGGUCGCGGUCAAAUUUAAGUUUAGAUGAGGGAAAUUUCAACAAAACUUGCAAUGGCAGACACCCAGAAUUGUGAGAGUUCCGACAAUGCCCGGUCUUCGGGCACAGGAGCAACAGUAUAGGAGUAUACCCAGGGAUAGAUCACUUUAACUCAAAUAUUAAGUGGAAGUUUGAUGACUCUCCUGAUGUUGAUGACGAUAUGCAGACUUUGGAGCA